CCAGGAGCAAUUAUUCCUGUCCAGCCCAGCGAAUACCCAACUCGUGUUUCUUUAUAUUGUUUAAUUUACCUGCAAUAUCAAUUUGCUUUGUUCUGCUACUUGAGGCAGGGGCAAAAUGUAUUGCUUCCGGCGGGCUGCCAUCCGUCUCUUCUCCACAUCAGCCUUGGCUACACCGGUACAGCGUCGGUCAAUAAGUGCGAUUAAUCGACGUCAAUUACUGUCUUUCAUUCCGCGACAAUCCCCGCAUUAUGCCUUUCAGCACCGAUGGAAUAGCGAUGAGGCUGGGAGGCGAGAGCUGUUAGAGGCCGAGAACGAUAAAGAUAAUAAGAAAAAUGCAAAAAAUAAGAGCGAAGAUGCCGCAACACAGGAAGGAAAGCGUGGGGUUACAGAAGAGACCGAGCCCGGAUUAAAGUCUAUGCCCACCCAGACAGUGGCAGAAAUAGAGCCAGAAACGAUAAGCCAAAACCUGGAAGAAUCUGCAAAUUCAGACCCAGAUGCGGUAGAGGAGGGGCCACGAACCGAGUCUAAGCCUACAUCGAACAAAGCACAAGAAACUGCGCCGACACCACCAUCCGGUCCUGCACGGUUUAGAUACGUUGAGCAGCCAGCGGCGCCAAAGGAGACGGUUUUUAUCUCCAACUUAUACUUUGAUAUCACAGCGGACGAUUUACGAAAGAAGAUGGAAGACUUUGGGGUUGUUGAGAAUGUGACGAUUGUUCAUGAUGCGCGGGGGAUUAGCAGAGGGUUUGGAUACGUUACUUACGACACGACUGAGUCUGCCAGCAGUGCAAUCGAGAACAUGGACGGCAUUUACUAUGAAGGUCGUCAGGUCUUCGCCCAAUACGCGCGCGUCAACACCGGCGACUAUAAGCUCCGGAAACCCAAGAACCCGCCCUCCAGAACGAUUUUCGUAAGCAGAAUUCCGGCUGAGAUGACCGUCCAAGAGCUACAUGAACUUUUCGACGACAUUCACAACGUUAUUGAUAUCCGAGUGUCCGUUGACCGGCGGACGGGGUACCUUCGAGGCUUUGCGCACGCUGAGUUCCUCGAUCUCCAGAGCGCCAAGGAAGCGUUUGAGGUUCUUGGCAAGAAGAGACCGCAUAACAAGCCGCUUAAACUUGAUUACAGUCACACAAACAGGAAGAUGCCGGGGCCUAAUAUCGGAAGUGGGUUUGCGGGCUACGAGCCGCCUGUGUACAGUGGUCCCUCUUCGUCAGAGUCUUCUUAAUUGGGAACUUUGAUGUUAUUUUCUAUAUGUACUAUAUACGUAACAAGCGGUUUUGUAUUUCUAUUUCAUGAUUGAUAGAUGGCGGACGCAAUGACACCUUCCCUCUGG